AUGUUGAUGAUAAUUGAUGAUGAUGAUGAUGAUGAUGAUGAUGAUGAUGAUGAUGAUGAUGAUGAUGAUGAUGAUGAUGAUGAUGAUGAUGUUGAUGAUUGUAAAUUUUUAUUCGCUAGAACUGACCUGAACAUCUAUCGGUCAACGCUCUCGACACAGCCCGCCAUCCAGCAAGUUUUUUCUGCCUGCGGAAAUGUGAUAAAAGCCUGUCUGUCAUCUUGCACUUCCUCUUUUUCUUGUCAUUGCUCUUCCCUUAUCUUAAAUCAAAAUCCGCCAAUGUUAAAGUCCGCUCAUCUUUCACUAUCAACAAGCUCAUCAUUUCAACAUUAA